GAGGUGAUGUCAUGGCGAGAGCUGAUCAGUGGUGCUGAUGUGGAGAGAAGCCCAGGGUACUACUAAUUGAGGGAGUGAGGAAGGAAGGAGCUCGCUUCUAACUGGACUGCAGACUUGCGACAGCGUCCUGAGCUGGUGACAGACCUCAUCUGUGACUUUCAGUUGGAUUCAGCUCUCACAUUCCAGAAAACAUGACCCUGGCUGCCUACAAAGAGAAGAUGAAGGAACUCCCGCUGGUGUCCCUGUUCUGCUCCUGCUUCCUGGCCGAUCCCCUGAAUAAGUCAUCCUAUAAAUAUGAAGGCUGGUGUGGGAGACAGUGUAGGAGAAAAGAUCAAAGCCAGCGGAAAGACAGUGCUGACUGGAGAGAAAGAAGAGAGCAGGCAGACACAGUGGACCUGAACUGGUGCGUAAUUUCUGACAUGGAAGUCAUUGAGCUGAACAAAUGCACCUCAGGCCAGUCCUUUGAAGUCAUCCUGAAGCCGCCUUCCUUUGAUGGGGUGCCCGAGUUCAAUGCCUCCCUACCCAGACGGCGAGAUCCAUCACUGGAAGAGAUACAGAAGAAACUAGAAGCAGCUGAGGAGCGAAGAAAGUACCAGGAAGCUGAGCUCCUGAAGCACCUGGCAGAGAAACGAGAACAUGAGCGGGAGGUGAUCCAAAAAGCCAUUGAGGAAAACAACAACUUCAUCAAGAUGGCUAAGGAAAAACUAGCCCAGAAGAUGGAAUCUAAUAAGGAGAACCGGGAGGCUCACCUUGCUGCCAUGUUGGAACGGCUGCAAGAGAAGGAGCCGCCUGCUGCGCGGUGACUCCGGGGACCCGAUCGGUGGCCUCGUCCCAUGGACAAGCACGCAGAAGAGGUGCGGAAAAACAAGGAGCUGAAGGAAGAGGCCUCCAGGUAAAGCCCAGAGGCCAGAGAAGUUUCCAGAACAGCUGGACAACUCCAGCAGCUCCACAGUUCCCGAGGCAGCCUCGCCCGCCGCCGGCUGCUCUCCCAGCACUAGGGUUUGGGGGGAGGGGGGUGGCCAGGGGUGUUUCCUCUGCUUUUGGUGUUUGUACAUGUAAAGAAUUGACCAGUGAAGCCAUCCUAUUUGUUUCUGGGGAACAAUGCUGGGGUGGGAGAGGGGAGAGGAGAGAGGUGGGGGAAGGGAGAUGGAGGAGUCACGGACAUUGCAACCCUGCCUACCGCAAACUCAGGUCAAGUCCUCGGCUUUUGUUUACCAUGAGCGUCCAGGCACCGUGUUGAGGGAAGUUGAAAACAGAGCAGUAGAAGACCGAGUGAAGGGCUGAGUCCUGGGGGGUGGGAUAGGGGUGGGGUGGGGGGG